CCUCCCGCCGCGCGCGUUGUCUUGGAGAGGGACGCGGAGACCACGCCGCUGCGGGCGCGGCGGGGCGGUGGCAGCGGAAUAGAGACCCCAGGUUCAGUCCUCCCCCAGGGCGAGCCCCACAGAGUCCCGUCUCUCCUCCGCGCCGCGUGGCCGUCCCCAGGCCGCUGCGGACGGCGCCGGCAUGUCCGGCGAGGCGAGUACGCCCGGGGCCUCCCCCAGGGCCCCGCGUCCCGGGACCCAGAAGUCGUCCGGCACGGUGACCAAGAAGGGGGAUCGCGGGGCCAAGGAGAAGCAGGUCCUCGUGCUGCCGCCGGUGGGCGAGGAGGAGCCCAAGAACGCCGAGGAAUACCAGUGCACCGGGGUCCUCGAGACGGAUUUCGCCGAGCUCUGCACGCGCUCGGGCUACACGGACUUCCCCAAGGUCGUCACCCGGCCUCGCCCGCACCCGGCCUUCGUCCCCUCCGCCUCGAUGUCGGAAAAGCCCGCCCAGGACGAUCAGCGCCUGUCGGCGUCUUGCAGCCUCAACAGCCUGGAGAGCAAAUACGUGUUUUUCCGGCCCACGAUCCAGGUGGAGCUGGAGCCCGAGGACAAGGGGGUGAAGGAAAUCUACAUCCGCGGUUGGAGGGUCGAGGAGCGGAUCUUGGGCAUCUUCUCCAAAUGUCUGCCCCCCCUCAGCCAGCUGCAGGCCAUAAACUUGCGGAAGGUGGGGCUGACGGAUAAGACCCUGAGCACCUUCAUCGCCCUCCUGCCUCUCUGCGCGCCCACGCUCAGGAAGGUGUCUCUGGAGGGCAACCCGCUGCCGGAACAGUCCUAUCACAAGCUCAUGGCCGCGGACAGCCCGAUCGCGCACUUGUCUCUGCGGAACAACAACAUCGACGACCACGGCGCGCAGCUGCUGGGCCAGGCUCUGUCCACGCUGCGCAGCUGCAACCGGACCCUGGUCUCGCUCAACCUGGCCUUCAACCACAUCGGGGACGCGGGUGCCGGCUACAUCGCGGACGGCCUCCGGCUGAACCGCGCCCUGCUCUGGCUGUCGCUGGCGCACAACCGCAUCCAGGACCAGGGCGCCCUGAAGCUGGCCGAGGUCCUGCGUCCCUUCGAGCUGACGCACACGGAGGUGGUGGAGCGCCGCCGCCUCCUGCUGGAGAAAGGGACGCAGGAGCGCUCGCGAUCGCCUUCCUCCUCCCGACCUGGGGACUCCAAAACGGACCGUGAGAAGAACCUGCUGCUACAGGUCAACAGUGCUGCCCUGACGGAAAAGACAGACAAGACGCAGACAACCAAGACCCCGAAAGGCCUGAGCAAGAAGAAGGAGAAGUCAGGGGGGGAAUCGGUGAGGAAGGAGGAGAAGUCAGGGUCAGGGCAGUCGCCCACGCAAGGGACCCCCAAGAAGGAAGACCCCGCGAAGUCGGGCAAGGGGAAGGUCACCAUCCCUGAGCAGAAAACAAGCAAGGGGAAAGGGCCCAAGACCGGGAGCAAAGAGAAGCGGAGCUUCCUGCUGGAGUCCGAGCACCUAGGACAGAGCCUGGCCUAUAGCUGGUCUCCAAAGCAUCAGCUGGUUGCUGAAGCCACAGAGACGGUCAACCCGCUCCUGGAGCCGGUGGAGCACCGCAACGGGAAGGUUUUCGUGCCUGGGAACAAGGUCCUUUUGCACCUUAACCUCCUCCGAAACCGCAUCACAGAGGUGGGGCUGGAGGGCUUCCUGGCCACCGUGCAGUACCAGGCCCAGUUCUCCAAGUCCAAGAGUCCGUCCAAGGGCCCAGUGGGGCUGCUGCGGCUGUCCCUGGCGAAAAACUGCUUCUCCCCACAAUGUCCUGCGUACACGACGAUCCAGGAGCUGAUGCUGCCACGGGCCCCCGUCACUAAGGCCAAGCCCAGGGAGGAGGAGACCACCUAGCCCCUCCCACCUGCCUCCCGGAGCCGGAGCCGUAGGGCUGCCGCAGCAUCUCUGGUCCCUGCGUGGUGGGCUGGCCUCCCCGGGGGCGAUCUCAAUCGCUAGCAAACUCCACUGCUGUAUGUUGCCCCUCGAGAUUGUCUGAAAACCGUUCCAGAACUACUUGGAA